GACAGGACGCUGCGGGCGCCGCCGAGUCAGCUGGUCUUGGAGGAGCGCUGCGAGCCUGCGGGUCGGGCUUCUCCGGUCCCGCCGCAGCCAUGUCGUACUUCCCGGAGCUCUACUUCAAUGUGGACAAUGGCUACCUGGAGGGACUGGUGCGCGGCCUGAAGGCCGGGGUGCUCAGCCAGGCGGACUACCUCAACCUGGUGCAGUGCGAGACGCUCGAGGACCUGAAGCUGCACCUACAGAGCACUGACUACGGCAACUUCCUGGCCAACGAGGCAUCACCGCUGACAGUGUCAGUCAUCGAUGACCGGCUCAAGGAGAAGAUGGUGGUGGAGUUCCGCCACAUGAGGAACCACGCCUAUGAGCCACUCGCCAGCUUCCUGGAUUUCAUUACUUACAGCUACAUGAUUGACAACGUGAUCCUGCUCAUCACGGGCACGCUGCACCAGCGCUCCAUCGCCGAGCUGGUGCCCAAAUGCCACCCGCUAGGCAGCUUUGAGCAGAUGGAGGCCGUGAACAUUGCGCAGACACCUGCCGAGCUCUACAAUGCCAUCCUGGUGGACACGCCCCUGGCGGCUUUCUUCCAGGACUGCAUCUCAGAGCAGGACCUCGAUGAGAUGAACAUCGAGAUCAUCCGCAACACGCUCUACAAGGCCUACCUGGAGUCCUUCUACAAGUUCUGCACCCUGCUGGGCGGGACCACGGCCGAUGCCAUGUGCCCCAUCCUGGAGUUUGAAGCAGACCGCCGCGCCUUCAUUAUCACCAUCAAUUCCUUCGGCACGGAGCUGUCCAAGGAGGACCGUGCCAAGCUCUUUCCGCACUGUGGGCGGCUCUACCCGGAGGGCCUAGCGCAGCUGGCUCGGGCGGAUGACUACGAGCAGGUUAAGAACGUGGCCGACUACUACCCGGAGUACAAGCUGCUUUUUGAGGGUGCAGGCAGCAACCCUGGAGACAAGACCCUGGAGGACCGCUUCUUCGAGCAUGAGGUGAAGCUGAACAAGCUGGCCUUCCUCAACCAGUUCCACUUCGGCGUCUUCUACGCCUUCGUGAAGCUCAAGGAGCAGGAGUGUCGCAACAUCGUGUGGAUCGCCGAGUGCAUUGCCCAGCGCCACCGCGCCAAGAUCGACAACUACAUCCCCAUCUUCUAAUGCCCUGGCCCAGGGCUCCCCGGGGGUGUGCGUGUCUGUGUGUGAUGUGACCAAGGCCACGGCUCGCCUGCCGGCCCUGGGGGUACUGCAUCUUGUCCUAGCGGCUGCCCAGCUCCCCUCAUCUCCUGAGACUGCUCUCGGACCUGGGUACCUGCCCCCCCUGACCAAGAUAGACCAAGUUCCCCUCCAGAUCAAGCCCUGUUUACAGCCACCCACGUGUCUAAGCAGCAUGUGGCCACUUUCGUGCCCCUCCAGAAUGAGAACCCCUAGUAGCAGCGGAGCCUCCUCACCCCUCUGUGGUCACCCCAGAACCAUGGCCCAGGGGAGACUGUGUGUAUGUGUGUGUGUCCUUGGGGUGUGGGGGAAGCAGCUGUGCGUCCCUCUCCCUCAGCCCCGCCCCUCUGAACAAUAAACUGCCCUAAGCCGUG